AUGAGAUUGCUCUUCAGCAAAACCUACUACGAACCAAACGCCUUCAAAACCGUGAAGGACAACUACGUAUCCACAGCGACCAAGGUUAUCACGAGAUUUAUGAGAGAGCAGAACCUUACCGCCAGUGCCAAUCUUAGGGAUCAAGUACAGGGACUAGUCGAGUUUGAACAAAUGAUCGCUAACACGUACAGUACGGACGACACCACUCGUAGAACGUACAACCGUUCGUGGAAUCUCAAGGGUGUUGACGAUCUCCAAAACGCGUAUCCAUUCAUGAACUGGAAAGUGUACUUGAAUCAGGUUCCAAAAACAGCCUCGACAGUCGUUUCACAGCCUGGUUUCCAAGUGUCCGUUUAUGAGGUACAAUUCAAAUUUUCCUUUGUUUCUUCUCUCAGAGUUAACAUAAUUGAGACGCAUUACAGCCUGAUCAAUACCAAAAAUUCAAUGCUGAUUAUAAAAAGUUGGACAAGACAAAGUUGA